AUGGCCGUUUGGAGUUUACCGCCCACUGUCCCGGAAGGAAUCUCUCCUUAUGUCGUCUACCUACAAGCGGUCACCGAACAGCUCUAUAAUCCACCCACGCCAGCAUUCGAGACUCGGCUCUUCGUACUCGUGGGAUGUAUGACUUUGUGCGUGUGACACGGGUGCUCGAGCUGGGGCGCGACUGACCGAGUGGCGUGAGCCAGUAGCCUUGCCUCUACGCCCUAUCACACCCGCCCCAUGCCGUUUCACUAAACUUUAUGGAUAUAUCUCUAAUCUAAUGAAUCUGCAGAUGCGCGCUCAUUACGACUGUAUACAUGUUCUUUGUGUGCGAGCAAGCCCUGCAGCGAAACGGCGGCCCGGGAGUUUGGCUCUGCAAACGAGUGGCGAUUGGUAGGAGCGCCGCAAACGAGCCAAACGGGCUGGUGACCGCCGACGCUAGCGGCAGCGCCGAGGCUAGUCGUAUCAUCGUCAUCAACACCAAGCUCGCUAUUUCACUCGGUAUGAUUGUUCAAGAGCUGUAUUGCAUCGCUUAUCUCCUCCAAGUCAAGACCGUGUAUGCCUACCACGGUGAUCAAAGCCACAUCUACGCGCUCCGAGCGUUUUUGCCAUUUCCGAUUUGCUUCGUCGCGUGGGGCGUUUCGUGCGGGGUUCUGCAAGCUUAUACGCUCGUACACGCCAAUCAACGUGGUCAAAAGAUCUGGGGUCCUCGUAUCAACCACCUCUUCGUCUACGGCGGCCUCGUUUGGCUCAUCGCCUACUUGGUUCGUCGCAAACUCUGCUCGUCUGACCAUGCGCUGGACUCGGAACUGACGAUUGGGGCGUGGUCGUCCAGGCCGGCGGUAUCACCGCUACCUUUGCUGGCUGUGGGUGGUGGCACGUUUGGCUCGACUUUUCGGCCGACCUUCGACAGCUUCAAGCCAACUACACUGGCUCUCUCACCGGAGAAGAAUGGCUUGCGCUGAAUGAUGGGUUUGCCAAGUACAUCCGCAAGCGGAACGCAUAUGCUCUGUGAGUGGCCGCAAGUGAUUUUUCUGGCGCCCCGGGCCGAACCCUUGUGCUCAUCCCCAAUGUCUCCUGAAAUUCAUAGCUCCUCCCAAAUCCUCUUUGGCUCCCUUCCGCUCUUCGUUGCGGUUGUGGUCGUCAUCAACACAUCCACUUUCUUGCUCACACAGAUGAUCAAUGAACGACUAGGGCAUCAACUCGAACACUUCACGAAGGUCUCCACCCGUCCGACAUGGGAGAGCCAAGAUAUUGUCCUGUCCCCCCUUGAUCGAUGUGCGACCCAACAAACGUAUCGCGUCGACGGUUCGCGCACGUCAUCAGUUCUGCGCGACAACGCGGUGACCGUGUCCCCUUCGUUUCAUUUGGAAAGAGGCACUGACCGAAAGAACUCGCCCGGGGCAUCGAGUUAUCUCACGCUCGACAAUGGCUUACCGCGGAAGCCGAAGGCAUCUACAUGGCGCAAUCAAUUCGCAGAGCCAGGUGUGAGGUUAGAGCAUGUGCGUGCACUCGCGGGCAGCAGACAACUUGAUUCCGACUCUCCGAGCUCGACGCCGAAAGAGGCGAGGCGCCUCAAGGCGAUCCAGAUGCUCGAACUCGAUGCGACGAGAGCUUUCCUCGCUUUGGUCGGAGGUGCGAUUGCGGUGUGCGCGUUCUUUUCUAUAGCCAUAGCCCUCGCUGCUGCGAUCGCGUUUUCCGGGCCGUUCUUCACGAACUGGACCCAGUAAGUCGCCACUCCGCUUGACCAGCUCCUAAACCACGAACGAGCACGGAUGACUGACCUUUUAACAUAUGUCCGCACACCAGGUUUGAGUUUACCACUCUUAGGUGCGCGAACGAUAGCUUGCGUGGCGUUGGCUACAUAUUCAACCCUGGGUCCCCCAACUGAUGAAGCAGUUUCCUCUAUCUCAGUUUCCCGUGGUCCAUCGUGGCGCUCGUCUUGGGUACGGGACCGCCCCUCGUGUACCUCCAAUUGCGAGCGAGAUCGCUAUGGAUUGCGCGCAAGAAGUCCAGUCUCGUCAUUUGUCGCAACGUCCACGUUGUUGUUGAAACGUAG